AUGUGUACACCGACACGAGAUAUUUACAAUGUUCAAAAUCAAUCUCCACAGACAUUCAAAUCGGCGCUGAGAAAACUCGUCAACAGCGAUACAUGGCCCUCCGAUGGACUGCUAGACCCUGUCAAUCUGAUGCAAAUUGGCACUUUGGGUACUUUCUCGUUCGUCAAAGAUCACCUACCUUCAUCGUACAUCGCAAGUAUACAAAAGCGAUAUCCGCCGGCACUGAAAAUGGGCCAGACAGAGAAAUCAUUAACAAAACGAACGUCAUCGUAUGUCCUGUUUUUGAAGGAGCAGUAGCGAGUUUUUCGACGCUGUGGAUACUUUGUUGCAUGUAGUGUAAUCGAUAGUGGAGAUAAUUGCAAGGGGACAAUCUAGCAUGGAUAUCCAUGCCAGGGCAAAGUCCUGUGGUGGGUGACGCCAUGAGAACAUAUGAACUAAUAGUAGUAAGGAUAGAUUCCACCAGCAGACCAUUCUUUGCAAAUGGAAUGUCUGAAUAUUACGGGACGCUCGAUGUAAGGCCAGCUGUGCAAAGAACUAUAUUCAUGUUGGUUCCGAGUCUCCAUGUAGUGCAACUGAGUGAUGACUCGAGUGUUUGAUUCUAGUCUAUUACAAACUAUAUCCAACUACGGCUUGUCGUUCUACACAGUGGGAAGGUAGGCAAGAGACUAGACAGUUUCAGGGUAAAACUAAAAACCCUAAAAAUCCGAAUACCAAAGAAAUGCCGUAUGAUUAGUAAGUUUCAUUUGCUUUCGUCGCUUCAGCGGACGAGCAGUGCUUACUAUUCUGGCAUGUUUUGCCAACUACACUUUAAAUCGUGUUCAGAACUGGCAGCGCAUACCCUGCGGUAUUAUUUAGACUUACAAUAUGAAAACAUAACUGAAGGCUGAAUAUAUAGACUAACUAUAUAUUGAAAAUCACAGUUAAAGAAAAUAUUAUAUAGACUUGACUAAAAUAAAAUCAUAACUAAAG